AUGUCCAAAGUAUCCGCCGUCUCUCGUGUGUUUGAUCUCGCAGAACUGAAAAAUCAAGUCUUCAUAUUCCUGGACAAGAAGGCAAUAGCAAAAUGUGCCAUUGUAUGUAAAAGCUGGACGAAAGAGGCCCUGUAUCGUUUAUGGCGUGAUUUGGAAUCGAUAUUCCCCUUGCUGCGUCUUCUAGGAGAGUUCGAGGUAGAAGGACGAAUUCUACUCAAUGGAAUGAUGCGCAUGAGGUCGCCUUCUACGGGCCCCGUGCUGACGUUUAACGAGAUUCCCUGCGAACACCGUUGGAUGAGGUUCAACGUUUACGCUUCACUCGUAAGGAAACUCCAGCUUUCGAACUACUCCGAUUACAAGCAUGCGCCUCUCAUUUCUCGCGACCAUCCGGCUUACUUCGGGAGAUCCAUGUUAGAGGUACUCAGCAACGGUGAAAAGUAUCCUCGGCUUCUGCCUAAUCUCGAAAACCUCCAUGUCGACGCGUCCAUCGAUGUCUCUAUAUUUUCUCUGGCGAGUUUAUUGUUCGGAGAACUGAAGAGCUUGGAAUUCGCCGUUGAUAUUAUGCCACGUCACGAAAGGAUUUCUCUAACGCCUCUCAAAUUGUUCUUGAAAGAUGUCCUAGCACUCUCUCCUAACCUUCAGUGCUUUGGCGUCAAGGCUGUUCCGGGCUUGGAAAUACACUGGCAUGGAAAGAGUCUUGAUCACCACGCGGAGCUGGAGUGGAUGAUACAGGAGUUUCUAAUUCAGAUGCCCAACUCGUUGACGGUAGUGAAGGUGAAUAGUACUAUGCUUACCCCCGAUCUUUUCAACAUGCUGUCCACCUUCCCUCGCAUUCAGUCGCUGCAAAACUCCGGUAGGCGCAGUUACUAUGCGCCAAGGAUGUUGACGAUACCUGAAUCGGUUGACGAGAACGCAUUUGCAGCACUCAAUUGUCUAUUCUUGCCUAUUGAAGCGCGGACCGCAGUUCUUACGUUGGCUAGACUGAGUCACAUCUUGGGGCAUCUCACUUCACUCUCUGUCGCGUGUCGCGACUAUGCCACUCCGGAAAAGUGUCAUGACCUCUUCAUUGCGAUAUCACGAUUGUGUCCGGGACUUUCGUCCCUUGAGAUCGUAGCAUGCACGUCUAGGGGCAUCAUCGGAGGAUACGACAGUCCAGACGAAUGGUACGCGGAUAAUAACCUCGUUAGCAGUCGUGAGAAAAGAGCUCGCCUCUUAUCCAUCAAUUUACUUUUGGAGCUUCGUAAUUUGAAGGAACUAACGAUUCUGCUGGACUUCAUCCUUCCUAUUACGGACGAGGAGCUGGACAUAGCACUGUUACGUCGUAGGACACCGCUAGAAGUCCUUCAGCUCUCAUGGAAUCCAAGGCGGCUGGAUUUAGAUCACCCGAACCUGACUUUCGAUGCGAUCUGUAUCGUUGCCCGGCGUUGCCCAAGAAUCAGGAUACUAUCGUUGUUCGUAAUAGUUCCGCAAUGUGGACGAUUCGGCGAAUGGUUCCCUACGUUCAAAUGCCUGGAGGAGUUAAACCUAGGGCUUUCCUAUAUCUCGACUCUGUUAAUCAACCGGACGGCGAUGAAACUCUCAGAACUCUUUCGCGACGUUAUUCCAGAGGUCUCCGUGAGCCAACAUACUGGCGACUUUGAUAAAUGUCAGCUCGAGAAUCUACAUGUCGGUAUUGUGCAAGAGAACUGGAUGAACUGGGAGAAAGUCGUAAAUAUCAUGCACAGGGUUAGGGGUGUGCCAGAUAGGAGUGGGUUGCGUCGGUUUGCACGCUCAGAGCGUCGCGUUGUUGAUCAACUUUGGGGUAGGCGGGUCACUUACGAAGACUGA